AUUCCUAUCUAAACCGGAUCCUCCCUUUUCAACUUCUAAAACCCUUCCCCAAAUUCCCUCCACCGGAGUUCUAUACACAGAGAAAAAUCCUCACAAUUGAUUCAGGAAGCACAGUUUUUCGUAAACAGAGAAAGAGAAUCAAAGGAAAAUCAUAAAGAAAAAUGGGAACAUCAGUGCAAGUGAAGCCACUGUGUGGAGUGUACAAUGAGAACCCACUUUCCUAUUUAGUCUCAGUCGAUGGCUUCAAUUUCCUCAUUGAUUGCGGUUGGAACGACCACUUUGAUACCUCCCUGCUUCAACCUCUUUCCAGGGUAGCUUCAACUGUGGAUGCUGUCUUGCUAUCACAUCCCGACACACUUCAUUUGGGCGCUUUACCUUAUGCAAUGAAGCAACUAGGACUAUCUGCUCCGGUUUUUGCAACUGAACCUGUGUUCAGAUUGGGCCUUCUGACCAUGUACGAUCAAUAUCUAUCUAGGAAGGUGAAAUUCUAUUUUGGUAAUUCUAUCUUUGCAAUGAGUCUGUUUGAUCUUCUUUUCACUUUCAUUGAGCUAUUGCUACCAAAUGAGCUGCAUAGUGAUCUGGGAGUUCCAGCCAUCUGUAUCUGCCCAUACGUUCUAUUUCUUUUACAAGCCCUCGGAUUAGCCUCCAACAAGUUUCCAUGCCAGCGGUUGGGACCCAGGUUGUUUCGCAGAGGGGUGGGAGGGGAAGAUGUUUGCAAAUUGGCUUAUAACCUUAAAUAUAGAGUGAAAAAAGUGGCCAGACUUCACACAUCUGUACCCGUUUAUUAUCGUAUCCUGAGGCAUGGUAUGACUGAGGCUGAAGACGACGUCAAUGGGAAGCUUGAUGAAGGCUCUGCAAGUCUUAUACUUGAUACGACACCAUCAAAAGUCGUAUCUUCAGAGCAAACUGUCUAUGUCAAGUGUUCAUUGCUUUACAUGGAUUUUGAAGGCCGUUCUGAUGGCCGAUCGGUCAAAUCAAUUCUUGCCCAUGUUUCACCCUUAAAACUUGUCUUGGUGCAUGGAUCAGCGGAAGCCACUGAGCAUUUGAAGCAACACUGUUUGAAAAAUGUUUGUCAGCAUGUAUAUGCUCCUCAAAUUGAAGAAUCAAUUGAUGUCACUUCAGAUUUGUGCGCUUAUAAAGUUCAACUUUCUGAGAAAUUAAUGAGCAAUGUUCUGUUUAAGAAGCUUGGAGAUUAUGAAAUUGCUUGGGUUGAUGCUGAAGUAGGGGAGACAGAGAAUGGCACAUUUUCUCUACUUCCUCUUUCAACUCCAACUCCACCACAUAAAACAGUACUGGUGGGUGAUAUAAAAAUGGCAGAUCUGAAGCAAUAUCUUGCAAGCAAAGGGGUCCAGGUAGAAUUUGCUGGCGGGGCUUUGCGCUGUGGAGAAUAUGUGACAUUGCGCAAAGUAGGAGAUUCCAUCCAAAAGGGUGGUAGUUCCGGUGUUCAGCAAAUCAUUCUUGAAGGCCCCUUAUCAGAAGAAUAUUACAAAAUACGGGACCAUCUCUAUGCACAAUUUUAUUCACUUUAAUCUAUAGAUUUGCAGCUCCGUUACAAUGCAAUGCAGGUUAGCCUUUUCCUUUGUAAUUUUAUAUGGUGGGUUGUAACAUUUCGCGCACGCGUUUUCUUUUAACAUUUUGUCUCUCUCUGUCAGAUUCAUGAGUGCCGUUUCACUCUAGCCGUUUUCCUGUUUGGAAAGUAGAGUUUGAGACGGACUGAUUUGUACUACUUUGUAAAAGAAAUAUAUGCUUUUACAUUUUUGAAUUUGAAAAGAAUUAGAGUAGAAUUUAUUUCCUGGCUUUCGAGAAAGGGAAGAAGAAAAGUUUACACAGUUCUAUUGGGUCUAAUAACCCAACAAGCAAAACUGCGAAAAAUUGUUUGCUCAUUCUUGUAAUGGUAACGGGAAAAAAAAAUUAUUGGUUUAUUCA